AUGGUGACCCCGGCUGAGCCGCCAAAAAUUGAAGCCUCGACUGGAUUGACUCUCGAUAUCGUGCUGAUCUGCGUGGGGUCGGCCUUCUUGCUGUUGACGUUGUGCCUUGGGACAUUAGGGGCCAUUUUUUGGCGCAGACGGCAGCAACAUGCAAAGAAAUCCUGGGCCCACCAGCCGUCUUUCGCACAGCACCAGGUUGUUGGUGAGCAGCACAGCAGCGUGUCGAAUCCGAAGCUGGAGACUGGGCUCCCUGAACCUCGUCGCAUCGAGCGGCCCACUCAUAUCGACAUCCCGACGGUUUUAAGCCCCGGAAUGGAUGCCGUCGCUGAGAAAGCGCUAGCUUACGAGACGAACAUUCCGAUCGCCGAGUUCUGCCAGCGUGUAGAGCUCUACCACGGCCAAGAAGAUCAGGUGUUCGAUGAUGAGUUUGAGAUGCUCGGCCGCCGGAUCAUCACCAGUCUAGAACGGGGCGAUUCUGUCAGCGGGGAUACAGAAGAAAAUGCAAAAAAGAACCGAUUUUUGGACGUGUUACCUUUCGAAAAGAAUCGAGUGAGACUCCGUGAAAAAUCUGGCGACUACAUCAACGCCAGCUAUAUAGAUAGCGUGACCGCCUCCAACUUCUUCAUCGCCACGCAAGGGCCAUUGGGGGAGACUGAAGUGAGCGUGUCAAGCGGCCGCCGCGUCGAGACGGUCACCGACUUCUGGGAGAUGGUCUGGCAGCACGACGUGUCGACGAUCAUCAUGCUCACGCAGUGCGUCGAGAACUGCAGGCCAAAAUGCGCUCAAUAUUGGCCGUCAAACGUCGGGGAGGCGAUGCAAUUGGGGGAGCUCGAGGUGGAUUUGAUGUCUACCACUGACGACCCGAUCUCGAUGCAUCGAGAAUUUGAUGUGCGGAGGGGCGGGAGGAAGAAGGAGAUCUCCCAAUUCCAUUUCAAAGAAUGGGAGGAUGCCAAAGCGCCAGAGAGCCGUGAGCAUCUCCUCGAUUUCGUCGAGCGGAUCCGGAAAUCCGGAAAACGGGCUCCGAUCCUUGUGCAUUGCAGUGCCGGAGUGGGCCGCACCGGCGUCUUCAUCGCCCUCUACAACUUGCUCACCCAGCUGGACGACCCGCAAGUGACGACGCUGGACGUGUACGCUACCGUAUCGCGGUUACGGGAGCAACGAGUCCGAAUGGUACAAACUGUCGAGCAGUAUACGACGCUUUAUGACGUUUUGUCGGCGGCGAUACAGGCAAAACAUCCCCACCUCGCUCCGAAGCAUUCCCUCCAAAAUUCUGAUACUACCGCCUCGAUCCGGUCUUCCAAUGAACGGCUA